GAAGAUUGAUGAGCUACUUAUUUUUGCUGUAUCUGAUUAUUACCUAAUUUAGAGUUUUGAUUCGUCUUAUGGAGUUUAUUCGAUUGAAUUAGAUACUUUGAUUCCUGGGGAAUCUUUAUUCUUCCUCUGGUUGUUGAAGAGAAAAAUAAUGUCGACGAAGAUCAAAGGAGAGCUUUUUUCCUCCAGAAGCUUAAUAUCUAAGAAAUGGACAUUUUUACUCUGCUUUGGGAGCUUCUGCUUUGGGAUACUCUUCACCGAUAGGAUGUGGAUUAUUCCAGAGUCUAAAGACAUGGCUCGACCAUCUGUAAGUACAGAAGCUGAAAGGCUGAAACUGAUCUCUGAGGGCUGUGAUCCGAAAAAUCUCUACCAGAAAGAAGUAAAUCGUGAUCCUCAAGCUUUGUUUGGAGAAGUUUCCAAGACUCAUAAUGCUAUACAGACAUUGGAUAAGACCAUUUCAAGUUUAGAGAUGGAGUUAGCUGCAGCAAGAUCAGCACAGGAGUCUUUGAUAAACGGUGCUCCUAUAUCGAAUGAUUUGGAGAAGAAGCAAAUACCAGGCAAAAGGCGAUAUUUGAUGGUUGUGGGGAUUAAUACUGCUUUUAGUAGCCGAAAGAGAAGAGAUUCUGUCCGAACAACUUGGAUGCCUUCAGGUGAGAAAAGAAAGAAGUUGGAAGAAGAGAAGGGAAUUAUUAUACGGUUUGUGAUUGGUCAUAGUGCCACGGCUGGCGGAAUUCUAGACCGAUCCAUUGAAGCAGAGGACAAGAAGCAUGGAGAUUUCUUGAGAUUGGACCAUGUUGAAGGAUACCUUGAGUUAUCAGGCAAAACGAAAACAUAUUUUUCUACCGCGGUUUCAAAGUGGGAUGCAGAAUUCUAUGUCAAAGUAGAUGAUGAUGUUCAUGUAAAUAUCGCAACUCUUGGGGAAACUCUUGUUAGACACAGGAAGAAACAUCGAGUCUAUAUCGGCUGCAUGAAAUCUGGUCCAGUCCUAUCUCAAAAAGGAGUUAGAUACCAUGAGCCUGAAUAUUGGAAAUUUGGUGAGAAUGGAAACAAGUACUUCCGUCACGCUACUGGACAGUUAUACGCCAUUUCAAGAGACUUGGCUUCGUACAUUGCCCUUAAUCAGCAUGUUCUGCACAAAUAUGCAAAUGAGGAUGUUACAUUAGGUGCUUGGUUUAUCGGGCUUGAUGUUACACAUAUCGACGAUAGAAGGCUAUGUUGCGGCACACCUCCUGAUUGUGAAUGGAAGGCACAAGCAGGCAACAUAUGUGUAGCUUCAUUCGACUGGACCUGUAGCGGUAUCUGCAGAUCAGCUGAUCGAAUCAAAGAGAGUGUGAAUGUUUGGAUUUAUGAGUCCAAACUUGGUGAGAAAAAACACUAUCUACCACCAGGUGAUUUGGGAUGGCCAAUCAUAGGCAACAUGUGGUCCUUUCUUAGAGCUUUCAAGACAUCUGAUCCUGAAUCCUUCAUCCGAUCAUACAUCACAAGGUAUGGGCGUACUGGUAUUUAUAAAGCACACAUGUUUGGGUACCCAUGUGUACUAGUAACAACACCAGAGACUUGUCGACGAGUUCUAACAGAUGAUGAUGCCUUUCACAUAGGUUGGCCAAAAUCUACCAUGAAACUCAUUGGCAGGAAGUCCUUUGUCGGUAUCUCCUUUGAAGAACACAAGCGGCUCAGGCGUUUGACUUCUGCUCCUGUCAAUGGCCCUGAAGCUCUCUCUGUCUACAUACAAUUCAUUGAAGAAACUGUUAUUACUGAUCUAGAAAAAUGGUCCAAAAUGGGAGAAAUCGAGUUCUUAUCUCAUCUGCGUAAGCUUACAUUUAAGGUCAUUAUGUACAUAUUUCUCAGCAGUGAGAGUGAGCAUGUUAUGGAUGCACUGGAACGGGAAUAUACCAACCUUAACUAUGGAGUUCGAGCAAUGGGUAUUAAUCUUCCUGGGUUUGCUUAUCAUAGAGCUUUGAAGGCAAGGAAAAAACUUGUAGCUGCCUUUCAGUCCAUAGUGACUAACCGAAGAAAUCAAAGGAAGCAGAAUAUUUCAUCCAAUAGAAAAGAUAUGCUGGAUAAUCUAAUCGAUGUUAAAGAUGAAAACGGAAGAGUUUUAGAUGACGAGGAAAUUAUUGACCUUUUGUUGAUGUAUCUUAAUGCGGGUCAUGAAUCUUCUGGACACCUCACUAUGUGGGCUACCAUUUUGAUGCAAGAACACCCUGAGAUUCUACAAAAGGCAAAGGAAGAACAAGAGAGGAUCGUAAAAAACAGAGCGCCGGGACAGAAGUUGACGCUUAAAGAGACGCGUGAAAUGGAGUAUCUUUCUCAGGUUAUUGAUGAGACACUUCGAGUAAUAACAUUCUCUCUUACUGCUUUCCGGGAAGCAAAGAGUGACGUCCAAAUAGAUGGCUAUAUCAUUCCAAAAGGCUGGAAGGUUCUGACUUGGUUUAGGAACGUCCAUUUGGACCCAGAGAUCUACCCGGAUCCAAAGAAAUUUGAUCCUUCAAGAUGGGAGGGAUACACACCAAAAGCAGGCACAUUCCUUCCUUUUGGUUUAGGAAGCCAUCUUUGCCCGGGAAACGAUCUUGCCAAGCUCGAGAUUUCCAUUUUUCUUCAUCAUUUCCUCCUCAAAUACCGGGUGGAAAGGAGCAAUCCAGGGUGUCCGGUGAUGUUCUUGCCUCACAAUCGACCCAAAGAUAAUUGCUUAGCAAGAAUCACCAAAACGACGCCGUAAUCAUCAUCUUCAAACUAGUAGACCCUUUACCAAAUAUAUAAGCUUCUUCUCAGGUUUCCAUUGUCUCCCUCUUCUCUCAGAACUCGAUCCAAACCGGCCCGGUUUGUGAAUUUGGUUUACUAAGAAAUAUAUGUAACCAUAGUUUGAAGGAUUUUUCAAAGUAAUGUUCAAACUUUCUUCUGGUUUAGUUUCAAAUUUGGUUAUUACAUAUAAGCACACAAAAAAAGUAAAAUCGAAUUGCCUGAAAUAAAAUCUAGUUUGAUUA